UCCGUAUCCGGGGUAGGGGGUGGGUCGCGGAGCCUCUUGGAGCUUGUUGAGUGAGGCGGCGGCAUAGCGGAGAUAGGCGAGGGCCGGCCGGGGCCUCCUGCAGGAUGAACCACAAGAGUAAGAAGCGGAUUCGGGAGGCGAAGCGCAGCGCGCGGCCCGAGCUGAAAGACUCCCUAGACUGGACCCGACACAAUUACUUCGAGAGCUUCUCGCUGAACCCCGCCGCGGUGGCGGAUAACGUGGAAAGAGUGGAUGCUUUGCAGCUCUCUGUAGAAGAAUUUGUGGAGCGCUAUGAAAGGCCCUACAAGCCCGUGGUCCUGCUGAAAGCCCAGGAGGGCUGGUCAGCCCAGGAGAAAUGGACUCUGGAGCGCCUGAAACGCAAAUACAGGAACCAGAAGUUUAAGUGUGGGGAGGAUAAUGAUGGCUAUUCCGUGAAGAUGAAGAUGAAGUACUACAUUGAAUACAUGGAAAGCACCCGAGAUGAUAGUCCCCUUUACAUCUUUGAUAGCAGCUAUGGGGAGCACCCUAAGAGGAGAAAACUUUUGGAGGACUAUAAGGUUCCCAAAUUUUUCACAGAUGACCUGUUCCAGUAUGCAGGAGAAAAGCGCAGGCCACCUUACAGGUGGUUUGUAAUGGGGCCGCCACGAUCUGGAACAGGAAUUCACAUUGAUCCCUUGGGUACCAGUGCAUGGAAUGCCUUAGUACAAGGACACAAACGCUGGUGCCUAUUUCCUACCAGUACUCCCAGGGAACUUAUAAAGGUGACUCGUGAUGAAGGUGGAAACCAACAAGAUGAGGCUAUUACCUGGUUCAAUACCAUUUAUCCCCGGACACAACUUCCAACUUGGCCACCAGAAUUCAAACCCUUAGAAAUCUUACAGAAACCAGGAGAGACUGUCUUUGUACCAGGAGGUUGGUGGCAUGUUGUUCUCAACCUUGACACCACUAUUGCCAUCACCCAAAACUUUGCCAGCAGCACUAAUUUCCCUGUAGUGUGGCACAAGACAGUGAGAGGAAGGCCAAAGUUGUCAAGGAAAUGGUACAGGAUUUUGAAGCAAGAACACCCUGAACUGGCAGUCCUUGCUGAUUCCGUUGAUCUCCAAGAGUCCACAGGCAUUGCUUCUGACAGUUCUAGUGACUCCUCCAGCUCUUCCAGCUCUAGCUCAUCUGACUCUGAUUCUGAGUGUGAAUCUGGCUCUGAAGCUGAUGGGACAGUGCACAGGAGGAAAAAGAGGAGGACCUGCAGUAUGAUGGGCAAUGGUGACACCACUUCUCAGGAUGACUGUGUGAGCAAAGAACGCAGCUCCUCCAGGUGACCGAGUGGGAUUGCUGUUGAUUUUAAAGGACGUGCUCACACUGAGCUGACAGGGUGAGGGUAGGGAGUCCCAUUGGAUCCUGCAGAUGAGGUGAGGGACAAGAAUGCCAGACAACUUGAGGACUGCCCUCAAAUGUGAAUCUGUUUGCCAGUUGAUUUAAAUGGCCUUCUCCUCCACCAAUUCAAAUUAACAUGGUUUGUUCUCCAAAAGAAGCUAAGAACCGAUGUCUGAAUGGUGCCAAGAAAAACAUUCGCAUUAUUUAAUAAAAAUGGAAUCCGUUUUAUAACUUUCAAAUGUUUCUUGCCUUUAGUCUAUCAGAACCUUCCCCUGGUGCCCUUUUAUCAUGGUACUAGAGGAAUGUUGACUUGAGAUUUGUUUCCUUCCCUUUGCUGCUGGAAUUUACAGGUCCUCGUUGCUUAUGGAAAGCAGCCAGGCAAAUAAGGGAUUAGGGAGUGGAAGUUUCUUGCUCGGGCUGCUCUACUGCUGUCUUGACCCUCCCCUUCCCCCUAUACCUCACCCUUCAGCUUUGUCUGCCAGCAGCAACAUCAGCUGCUUCACAUGAGAAAAGCAGUUCACAGCCCUUAGACCAUUUGUUAUAUGGUCACAAUUUGAAAUAAAAGAAUUAUUCUUUCUCUCUUUGCACAUCAUGGAAAAACUAAAGUCCCUUUCCUCCUGUUCAACUUGGAAUAUGUUUAUGUCAAAAGUAUUUAGGAGUUUUGGAGUGGUUAGGAAGCAUGUUAUGGAGUCAAAAUGCUAAAAUUUCUAAAUGUCUAUAACUUUUGUCACUGAAAUUCUUUUUGCCAGUGAAAUUUGUGCCAUCUUUUAUUUUUUUCCCCUAAACUAUAAAAACUCUAGAAACCACACAUUUAUCUUACUUUCCACUUGUGAGACUGAAAUUCCAUGAGAAAGUUGACUUUUUAAAAAUUAGGUGAAUAUUUAGUGAGAAUUCUCUUGAGUUGGCCCUGUCACUUACAGAUAUUGUUUUGUCAUUAUCAAAAAUUAACUAUAUAGUUGUCCCUUUUGUAAUCUUGUACUUCUUCUUUCCUGUCUUUGUUAUGCUUUGAGCCAUGCUAAAGUUGUAAUUGAUUGUUGAGCACUUUAUUAUAUUUAUUGGUUUGUAAUAUGUUACUCCCAUCUCCCAAGUCCAGGCCUUAAGAAAUCUAAGCUUUAAGUACCUGUGAUACAGGGCAUCAACUAUUCUGUAAUUAGCCAUCUCCUUUAGCUUUUCUCAAACUUGUGUUGUCAACAUACUGAUUUAGGCAGUUGUACUUUUCCUUGGCAGGAUUAGGGAAACUUUUGGAGGCUGUGCUCAUUCCUGAGCAUUCCCAUGAGAUUCGUCUAGAGGUGGCUGCCGUGUUAGCAGCCACCCAAUCCGGUUUUCACCUCCUCUGCUUCUACCUACUUCUUAAUCUUCUUUGAAUCUGGACAGCUCAUUUCUGGUCCAAGCUUCUGUCUUCCAUCAAAUGCUGCUUAAAGGGUGAGAAAAUCUAAGAAAAGAUUAAGAAGCCUAAAAGCUUCGUGAGUUCUCAAGGCUAAUGUGGUAUUGGGUAAAAAGGUUCAAUGCUUUCUUUUCCAUUACUUAAGGAAGGUAAAAAUGAUUUGUAUAAAGACAACUAGGGUUGCUAUUGUCUUCCUAUUUACAACUUUACAUUUAAUCAACGUUAAGGAAACUUCCUUGACUGUCAUGGAAGGUAACUAGAGACAUUAAUUUUCAGUUGAGUUGACUUUAUGAUUAUUGAAUGAAUAAAUUUCUGUUCAAGAUAGGAUUUUUGCUAACUUACUGAAGUGCAGAUAAGUGUCAGACCAGCAACAUUUUGCUCCAACCUUAACAAAAUCCCUUCCGCCAAAAAAUCCAUAGGUAUGUGGGCUAAAUUCUGAUUAUUUUUUCCAUUUGAUUCUUCAAGUAUUUUGGAGUCGAUUUUCAUACAGUUGCAAUGUAACACCAACAUAUUACUUUGGGACUGACCAGCAGAUUCCAUCUUUCCCCUCUGCUGAUUCAUCUACUUGCCUUAACCUGUCCCCUAUGUGUGAUGUGUUCAAGUAGUGUAAGAAAUGAGGAAGGGAGAAGAAUAUGGGGCAAUAAAAGGAACCAUUUUGUUUUAAAAUACUAUCUAUUCACAAAAAUGUUUUCAAUGUCAGUGGAGUUUUUUCUGUGUGUGUAUUAGCAUUAUCUGGUUUCAUGAAACAAACUUUCUGUAAGUUUUGAAUAGUUUGAAUGCUUCUCAGCACUUGGGAACUAGGGGUGUCCAAAAAAGUUGGUAUUCAUAUAAGAAAUUCAGGUCAUUUACUGUAAAAUAUUAGAUUUGUAGCUGUCUUAAUUACUUUUACUAUUGGACCACUCUGGCUUUAUUCUGAGGAUGAUCAGCUCUUCCUGUGUAAGCUUGGUUCUUCUGUUAAAGUUGAUGUUUGCUGAACAGUUGCUAGAGUAGGGGUGGAUUCCAAUGGAUACUGUUUCAUGUUGGGCAAUGAGGGAAUCGAUAUGUCACCCUGCAAGCUUCUUGGUACCUGAGUUCCAAGCCAUGGUAUGCUGCUGCAGUCCCUUCUAAUUACAUGGAAUAUACUGCAAUACCUAGAGAUGAGUGGAUAACCUUUAACUGUGAAUGUUUGUGGAUGAAGUAAAUCAUUGGUCAUUUAAACUGACUUUGUAUUUGAUAUCUAAUAACGCUCUUAAAUACCAUAAACACUACCUUGUUUCCACA